AUGGCGAGUACAAAUAAUGUGACUGAGUUAGUUAUCACCAGUCUUUUCCAGGAUACAGAGGUGCAGAGAGCAUGCUUUGUGGUGUUUCUCCCUGUGUAUCUAGCUACAGUGGUGGGCAAUGGCCUCAUAUUUCUCAUGGUUAAUUUCAGUAAGAGUCUGCAUUCCCCCAUGUACUUCUUCCUUAGUCACCUGUCCCUGGUGGAGAUCAGUUACUCCUCCACUGUUGUCCCUAAAUUCCUCACAGACUUACUUGCCAAGAUUAAAAUCAUCUCCCUAGAGGGCUGUGUGGCUCAGAUAUUCUUCUUUCAAUUGUUUGGAGUUGUUGAGACCUUCCUGAUCACGGUAAUGGCCUAUGACCACUAUAUGGCCAUCUGCAAGCCCCUUCACUACACAACCAUCAUGAGUUGGACUGUGUGCCACCUACUGGUGGCUGGUUCCUCGCUGGGGGGCAUAAUUCACUCCAUGGUGCAGAUCCUCGUCACUGUCCAGUUGCCCUUCUGUGGCCCCAAUGUGAUUGACCACUACUUCUGUGACCUCCAUCCCUUAUUCAAGCUUGCCUGCACUGACACCUCUGUGGAAGGGGUUAUUGUGCUGGCCAAUAAUGGAUUAUUGUCUAUAUUUUCCCUCCUUAUCUUGGUUUACUCCUAUGUUUUCAUCCUGGUCAACUUGAGGAACGUUUCUGCGGAGGGAAGACGCAAAGCCCUCUCCACCUGUGCCUCUCACACCACGGUGCUCAUCUUGUUCUUUGGACCUGCCAUCUUCCUCUACAUGCGGCCCCCCUCCACCUUCACUGGGGAUGAACUGGUGGCAGUGUUCUACACGGUGGUCACCCCCAUGCUGAACCCCAUCAUCUACACACUCAGAAAUGCAGAGGUGAAAAUCGCCUUGAAGAGGCUGUGGGGCAAGAAAGUUAACUCAGUGGUAGAAUAA